AUGGAGUCACCCUGCGAGACACCGAAGUCUGCAGACAAGAGAAAGCCUCGGACUUGUCCUCACUGUAAACGUCAUUUUCGCCGCCACGAACACCUCCAACGGCAUAUUCGGAUUCAUACAAACGAGAAACCAUACAAAUGUCUAUGCGGCGCUUCCUUUGGCCGCCGCGACCUAUUGAAACGCCAUGAGGAUAUCGGCCAUUCUCCAAUUACCCCCUCGACGCAGGAGCCUUCACCGGUCACUGUUAAUGACAGCCAACUCCAAUCCCAAAGCAAUGAAGGCCCCGCAAUACAUGAUCCCGGCUCAUUCUGGGGGCUUCCUAAUCUCCAAAGCGAAGGCGCCCCCACUGGCACCAUUCACCAGCAAGGCAACUUUCCAGGUCAGAACAUGGGACUGAGUACCGAAUGGGUUCUUCCUACUGAACCGAGUAUCGUGCAAAUCUUUGCCGGAGAAUCAAACUUGAACACUGUCAAUUUUAGCAGCUCAACAGAUGUUAGUCAAGAAAGACCUUAUCAGCAGAGUCAUGAUCAGUCUUUGAGCCAGCUUCCCAUAGAACGAGACACCGUUGCUGAAUUCGGAGUGUUGACUCUGCCCAUAUUGAGGGUCACUGAGGACCAUCGCAAUCGCCUGCUUCGGGCUCUUGGGAACUCACAGACGGCUAUGUUUCAAUCGAGUUUCCCCUCCUGUCAUUCGCUCACAAGAUUUGUCAACGGCUUUUUUGACGGCUUUUAUCCUCAUAUACCAGUUGUGCAUCUUCCAACUUUCAAACUGGAGGAUACUGAACCCGAGAUCAUCUUGUCUAUGGCAGCGUUGGGCGCCCAGUAUCGGCAUGAGCACCGCAAAGCAGUACUUCUUUUCUAUGCUGCCAAAUCCACCCUCCAACAAAAUACACAUGACAGAGAGAGGAGAGAAAUGGACCGACGUGUCUCCUCUGGAGGUGGAUAUCCCGAUGAUCAGCAGGGGACUAUGCAAUAUAAAGAAGUCAUGCGUGAAGCACGAUGCGCUCUUUAUUUGAUAGCAUUUGCGACGUGGCAAAGUGAACCGGACAUUGUAAGGGAAGCAUUCAACCUUCAAAGCUUCCUUGCGAGAUGUGUAAGAGAGUGUUUCCUAGUGGAAACACAUGAGUCGCAGCAAGAAACCCCAAAUUGGCACUUGUGGAUACAGCAAGAGUCGGACAGGAGAUUGAAGUUUUUUUCCUACUCUAUUCUCAAUCUACAUGGAAUCGCCUUCAGCACGCCGCCAGUGAUUCUGAUCGAUGAGCUGCAGCUCCGCCUUCCAUGUUCCUGCUUCGAAUGGAUUGCUCCAAGCCCAGAAAAAUGGGCCAAAGUGUAUAAAUCUGGCAACGCUCAACAAAUGCAGGUCCAAGACGCCUUAUCACAACUGAUGAAAGGCUCAAAUGAACCACAUCUAUUGAACUCACAGCCUGUGCCAUCUCCUCUAGCAAAUUACCUCCUUCUACAUGCCCUUAUUCAACGCAUCAUGCUUUCUCAGCAGGCAUUUGGACCAUACACCGAUGAAGACCAAGACUUACUUAAUCGACAGAAGGAAUGCAUUCGAAAUGCUCUUCAUGUAUGGACAUCUCAAUGGCAAAGAGCUCCCGAGUCGAGUCUUGACCCUCGCAACCCUAAUGGACCAAUAACAUUCACUUCAACAGCAUUGUUAGGCCUUGCAUACGUCCGACUUGCGCUCAACAUAGGUUCAUACAAGAUCCUGGGCACCCGAAACCCACAGGAAAUUGCAAACAGACUACUUGAAAUGCCAAAACUACCCGCAGGUCCUCAUUUGCUUCCUGCCAUAUUACACGCAACCCAUGCUUUGAGUAUACCCGUCAAGCUGGGUGUCAAUUAUGUUGCGCGAAGUCACGCAUUUGUCUGGAGUAUUCAGCACUCAAUUUGCGGAUUGGAAUUCGCAAUCUUCCUCAGUAAAUGGCUGUUUUGUAUCUCGAAUUGCCAAAAGACAAGGCCGCUUACUGAGCACGAAACCCGCUUGACCAGUUGGAUAAGUGAUAUAGUAGAAGAAGGGAGAACAUCGGGCGACGAGGACUUAUGGUCCCGGCCAACGGUACCUUCCAAUUGUGCCUACCUGGCUUUUGCAGUGGUCAAACUUUGGGCUCGACUGAUCAGAGGAAAUGAGCAAUGGGCAAUAUUAAAGAUCAUUGGACAAGGUCUCGAUAUAUACGCUAAUACUUGCGAGGAGAUAUUUGUCAAUUCUUUGGUCAAUGAAUGA